AUGCAGAGAUUCAAAGCUCUGCUACCGCUAACUAGGUCCUCACUUCGCACUCUCCGUUCUCACCCUCGAGCUUUGUCCGCUCAACCAAAUUACGCAGAGCAUGACGACGGCGAUUACCAGGAACAGAUUUUAGUCGAAGGAAGAGCGAAAUCACGGGCGGCUAUUCUCAACAGACCUUCUUCCCUGAACUCGCUCAAUGCUUCCAUGGUUGCUCGAUUGAAGAGGCUGUAUGAUUCCUGGGAAGAGAACUCUGAUAUUGGCUUUGUUUUGAUGAAGGGUAGUGGCAGAGCUUUCUGUUCUGGUGCAGAUGUUCUUAGGCUUUAUCACUCACUCAACGGAGAUGACGCAGAGGUUGCCAUUUUGGAUGGAAUAACAAUGGGAUGCGGAUCUGGAAUUUCUUUACCAGGGAUGUUCCGUGUGGUAACUGAUAAAACUGUAUGUGAUAUCUUCUUUUUUUCUCACCCAGAGGCUCAAAUAGGUUUCCACCCAGAUGCAGGAGCUUCUUAUAUUUUGUCUCACCUACCUGGCUACUUAGGGGAAUACUUGGCCCUUACAGGUGAUAAGCUUAAUGGUGUUGAAAUGAUUGCAUGCCACCUUGCUACUCAUUAUUCACUAAAUGCAAGGCUUGCUUUACUUGAAGAACGCCUUGGUAAACUAAUCACAGAUGAACCUUCUGUUGUGGAGGCAUCCCUUGCACAGUAUGGUGAUCUUGUUUAUCCAGAUAAGAGCAGUGUCCUUCACAGUGAAAAAUACCUCAACAACACAGGGCACUUCGAAGAAAUGAGGGUCUGUCUUGUUAGGCAGUUGAAUGACUCUUGGUGUGGAUUACUUAAUGCCCAUAAUUGGUGGAUUGAUGAAGAAGAUCGUGGAAUCGUUGAAUUCAUGUGUGCAACAGGUGCUCAAAACCUCGUUGGCUUGGAUGACGGUCAUAGAGAAAUUGUCAGGGAGGGUGCGCAAGGUAGGCAGGGGCCACAACUUAAAAAAAGGAAAAGAGGCGCAAAAUUGGGUUGGUUCAUUCUUCUUGGGCGAGGAUGGAUUGAUACUAUCGACAGAUGUUUCAGUCACGAAACUGUUGAGGAAAUUAUUGAAGCUUUGGAGAAAGAGGCUGCCGAGUCGUAUGACGAAUGGAGCUCGACUACUCUAAGGAGAAUAAGAGAAGCCUCCCCAUUGAGUUUAAAAGUUAUCUUACGAUCUAUACGUGAAGGUAGAUUUGAAACUCUCGAUAAAUGUCUUGUACGUGAGUACCGUGUGUCCCUACGUGGAAUUUCAAAGCAUGUCUCCUCCGAUUUCUUUGAGGGUGUUCGAGCAAGAAUGGUUGAUAAAGAUUUUGCACCAAAGUGGGAUCCUCCUAAUUUAAAAGAAAUAUCAGAGGACAUGGUUGACUACUAUUUCUCUCCGUUAGAGUCUGAACUAGUGCUACCAACAGCUUUGCGAGAACCUUACAUAAAACUACGCACACUAAGAUCUUUGGUCCUUGAUAGAAUGCCCCGGGGAAAAAGAAAUAAAGGCAUUAUAAUGUUUGAUCUUGUAUAUGAGUAA